AGGGCACCAGGAAGUAGAAGUAGACUUGUUUGCAAAAGUGACAGUCGGGUGUUGACCUCGGAUCUGUCGAUCUUGGACUAAACCUGAAACAAUGACGACUGAAAACACGGAGACAUUCGGCGUCACCGAGGACCUUGAUGACGGUACGAUCGAAACUACUAAGAAGUCAGAGCGAACGUCACUGCUGGAAAGCGGGGAGGACUUUGAGAUGCUGGAUGAGGAGGACAUCGACGACGACCCACCUCCCCUGGAAGACGCUGGCGGUGGGAAGAAGGAGUCUGAGUCACACACAGAAGAAGAGCGAGUCCCCACACAACCACUUGAAGAAUGGCUGGAUAUCUUGGGUAACGGUAUGCUGAAGAAGAAAGUCUUGGAAGCAGGCCAAGGGCGAGACAGUCGGCCAGAGAAAGGCCAGAACGUUAUAAUCAGUCUCCAGACCUCUCUGGCUGACGGCUCUCUCGUAGAGGAGCCCCAUUCAGUCUCCUUCACCCUGGGGGACGGUGAUGUCAUUCAGGCUCUGGACCUGGCCGUGAUGCUCAUGGAGAUGGGGGAGAAGGCCGUCAUCACGGUUGACGCUAAAUAUGCUUAUGGUUCCCGUGGGAGCGUUGACCCGGCGGUCCCCCCUGAGGCGGAGCUGCUGCUCCACGCUGAGCUGCGGGAGGCCAGCGACGGCCCCGACCUGGAGCUCCUGGCCCCCGCCGACAAGGCCGCCCUGGCCAGCCUGAAGAGGGAGCGGGGCAACGCCCACUUCCAGCGCGCCGACUACGCCUUCGCCGUCAACUCGUACAGCAUCGCCCUGGCGAUCACCGAGUCCAGCUCCAAAGUGGAUAUCACGGAGGAGGAGGAGAAGGAGCUGCUGGACGUGAAGGUGAAGUGCUUAAACAACAUGGCGGCCUCCCAGCUGAAGCUGGACCACUACGAUGCCGCGCUCAAGUCCUGCGUGGCCGCUCUGGCCCACCAGCCCGACAACAUCAAGGCUCUGUUCCGCAUGGGCAAGGUACUGGCUUUAAAAGGGGAGUAUGCAGAGGCCAUUAGCAUACUGAGGAAGGCACUGAAACUGGAGCCCAGCAAUAAGACCAUCCACGCCGAGCUGUCCAAGCUGGUGAAGAAGAACUCUGACCAGAGGGGAGCAGAGCAGGCCAUGUACAAGAAGAUGCUGGGAAACCCUGGCAGCGCGGGCAACGUCUCGCAGAAACGCCACGCCACGGCCUCCUGGGGGCUGAGCUGGAAGUGGCUGUUUGGGGCCACGGCGGUCGCUAUCGGUGGUGUAGCAUUAUCAGUUGUCAUAGCCGCCAGAAACUGAACCUGCAUUGGACAACCCACGUCUUUUGGAACUUUUGUUGAAGGAAAUGAUUCCACGAUGCCAGGUGCAUUUUCACUGUGGCUGUAUCGAGGCAUCUCCGCUGUGUGGCAGUACAAUGUGCAUCAAAUGGGAUAUCGAUAUUUGUGAAAGCAAAUGUGACAUAAUGUGUAUCUAUAUGCCUCACAUUACAAGACACUAAUUGUUAUGUUUUGCUCUUCUUGGCUGCCAAUACCUUGUCUUUGAUAGUGAUGUCAUAAAUCAAGUAGAGCUUUGGAAUGAAAAUUAAUGCCAUGCAUAUAUAGAGAAUAUAUUAUAGGAUUAGCAUCAUGAGAUGAAAAAAAAAAUGUGAUAUGGUCCUUGACUCCUAUAUUUUGUAAUCUGUUGAUUGUGGAUUUUUACUAGACUGGCUCUGAGAAUUUCCGAUUUUUAUUUUCUAUUUAAGUAAUAAUACCUCCUUGAUUGAUAUUCCAGAGUUUUGAAGGUUGAGAUCCUGUAUAUUAUUUUGUUUAUUUGUAUCUGUGAUCGAUUUUCUUCUAAUUGCUAUUCCAUUAAUUGUUUUUCUUUUGUAUUUAACAUUUUUUCCACCACAAAAUGGCACUGAAUAACUGAAUUAUCACAUAAGGUACGCAACCAAAGUUAACGGGGCCCGUAUCAUUUCGUGACAAACGUAUAGGUACAAAGUCACUUCAAGUAGAUAACAUUCCCUGUAUUUGUUAAAUUUGUAUUUAUGCAAUAAAAGUUGGUGACCGUUUGUGACUGAGAGGCCAAUGUA